AUGAGAUAAAAAAACCAUGGUAAGGCCAAAUCUUUACAUACAGUCUAAGAAGUUACAAAUACUAAAACAUUCUUUAUCAAUAGAAUCACAUAAAGAUCUUUUAUUAAGAGUAUCAUUCCUCCUUUGCCUCUUGCAUAAUUACCUUAAAUUUAAGUUCCUGCUUCUCUAACUGGAAGAAUUGUAGCUAGAAAAGUAAUAAAGGCAACUUAAUUAAAAACUUAAGAAAGUGUUCCUGAGAAUGAGAUUAAACAAUAACAAUCAAUUUUCAAAUUAGUUGCAUCUGCUGAAUUUAAAAAUAUCAUUACAGAAGAAAAAUCAAAGAAAGAAGAUGAUAAAAAUUUUACAUUAGAUGGUCCAUUAGAAUUCAAAAAAGAAUGGAGAUAAAAAAUAUUUACAAAAAAUAUUAAUUUUGAAGAGUCUUUUAAUUAAUCAGAUGAUAGUCUCAAUAUCUAAAUAUUUAUGAAAAAAGUUAGAUAAAUUAUUACAACUAGUCAUAUUUAGCAUAAUGAUAUUCAUACAAAUGAAAAUAGUUUCUUAUCAGAUAAAUUUAAAACAUAGUUAACAAGUCCUCGAUUUACAUUUACUAACCAUCUAUCAACAAUUUAGUUUUAAAAUUAACCUACCUAAUUAUAGAAAGCAGGAACUAUUGUAUAAUAAGUUCUAGAAGCUAUUGAAGAGAAAAAAGCUGAAAUAUAACCGUUACCACAAAAUAAUCGUAGAAAAUUAACAAUUUCUGUAUGUAGUCCUGAAAAUUAAGUUGGAGUGUUUUCCUUUAGUAUACCAGAUUAUGGAUAACGAUUAUAAGAAUAAGAUGAAGUUUAAGAAUAUACUGAUAAACCUAGGCAUGUUUUGAAGUAAGCAUUGCAAUUUGUAAGUAAAUAUAAUGUUAUUGUAGAUCUCUUCAUAACCUAAGAAAAUGGCAACCAAGUUUUCAAAAUCUAUUUUGAAGAUUGUAGGAAUAAAUGAAGAAGAAAAUUAAUAAGAAGAUGUUCAUCAAUAUUAUAAUUUAUAAAAAGUAAUUAUUUUAUGAAGUAAGACUAGAAGGUUUAUGAAGAUGUAUUUACAAAAUAAGAUGUCUCGUAUUUUCACUAAAUUAGAAGAGAAUAUCCUAUUACAUUUAUAAUUAAUACAAGAGAAAAGAGGAUCGAUUUCCUUUUCAAAACCAAGUGAAAGCCAAUAAUCUAGUAGAGUUUAUUCUUGGUGUACUAAUCCUGCUAAUAGUAAUCAUGAAUCUUUAUCAAAUCCAACAUUUUAGAUUGAAAUAGAAUCUAAUCGUUUUUUACUAACUUAAAUCUAUUAAUGUGAUUAUUCUUUUGAUAAUUCAGAAUUUGAUUAUUAAAGUUUUAGCAGUGAUAAUUAAUUUUCAGAAAUGUUAGAUUGCUAAUCUUAAAUUAAGAUAACAAAUCUCAAUAAUCAUAUUUAAUUUAUAAUCAACAGUUUAGAUUGUAUAGAUAGAAAUAUGAUGUUACAUGAUCCUGAUAUUCUUAUUGAUACUAAAAUUGUUCCAGAUUAAAUUAAUCCUACAAUGGAUGGUUAAAUAAUGAGAAAUAUUAAUUCUAUAGUGAGAUUUCUAAAACGUAAAGAUCAAAUUAGAGUUGCAAAAUUCAUGUUUCUCUAAUACAACAAUAUUUUGACAGGAGAAUUUGAAGAUCAACAUGAAAUAAAUAAUUUGAAUACUGAUUAUGGUUUAAUUGAAGUUGAAUUUGAAGAUCAUCCAUAAACAAGAUAAUCAACUAUUAAGAUUGAUAUAGCGAAAAUGUUUAUAAAAGCUGCAAAACCAAUUUAAAAGAAGAAAUCCAAUUAAGAUUAAUCUCCUUCUAGUGAGAGAUCAAAUUAGAAGACAAAUUCUAAAAUAAUAUCAUCUCCUCGACAUUAAACUGUAAAUUAAUAGAAUAAACCAGUUAAAUAAUUAUUAGAAGCAACAUCAAGUUAAACAAGUGUUUUAAGAAGAAGAAGUGAUUCUCCAUAAGAAGAAAAUAGCAUCAAAGAAAAUAGUAAUACUAAUACUACUUAAUCAAAUAAAAUGAAAGCUACUACUUAAACUAUUCAAAAUACUACAGCUCCAAUCUCAUAAAGAGAAGAUCAAAUUAAAACAAAUGCUAUCAAGAGUCAAGAUAGAAGAAAUGCUGUAAUGAUAUCUUCAAUGAGUAAACAUUCUUUACAAAUGAGAACACAAAUUACUGAAGCUCGUAGAAGGUAAUCUAUUCCUGUUAUGGAGAUUGUUAAAUUAUUGAUAGAAGAACAAAAGUUAUCGGAAGUAUUUGUUUCAUACAUUUAUUAAUUUAAUAGUUAGAAGAAGUAUUUACCAAUAAUCCUAAUUUACCAAUCAAUGAAAGAUUAGUAGAUGGAAAUACAUAUUUAAUUUUUGCGGCUUAAACAGGAAAUGUCGAAAUAGUUGAAUUACUUUUACAUAAAGGAGCCUUUGUAAAUGUACAAAAUGUAAUAGUAUCUCUUUAAUUUCCAGAAUAAUGGUGAUACAGCUUUACAUAAAGCUAUAGCAUAUAAUUUCUUUAAUAUUGCUGACAUUUUGAUUUCUUAGGGUGCUUAAAACUUGAGAAAUCAUGAUGGUUUGACUCCUUGGCAAUAUGUGUAAUGAUUUAAUAUUUUUUUAUAUUUUAUUACUAAUUUAAGUAUGGGUAAAUUAAAUAAAGAAUAAAGACUUGAAAAAUAAUUAGCUAAAAAAAUUGAAAAGCAAGAUGUGUAUUAAGAAGUCAAAUUAUAAGAGUCUUAAGAAGAUGAUUUUAAUGUUGCUAAUUUAAUUUCAACUUUAGAAGAACAAGGAUAAUAGAUUGAUAGUGUUAAAACUCAAUUCUUGAGAGUUAAUGAAAAAGCAGUAAAUCUAUUAAGUUAAAUUUAGAGGAUUGUUUAAGAACCAGAAACAUAAGCUGAAAGAGAUUUCUAAGAACGUAAAGUAGCUGCAACUGUGAUGAAAUAAGAUAUAAAAAAAUGGUUACCAAUUGUUAAAAAAAAUAGAGAAUCUGAAAGAAUUGAUUUUACUAAAUAAAGAAAUGUAUAGAGAGCUAAAAUGUAUAUUAUUAAAUAUGAUAUAAAUUAGUUCUGAUACAUCAAAUGCUUUAUUGAAUAACAAUUUAGGAAUUAAACUAUAAAAUGCAAUGGAAGAAGUUGAAAAAGUUGAAUAAAAAUAAGAAUUAAAUAAUUAGUCAAAUUAAUAAAAGAGCAAUCUUUCUUUCUAUAAUGAUCUUAAAAUGAAAAAAAUCUCAUCAAUAAAGUCUAAAAUAUACAAGUAAAUAAAGAAAAAGAAAGGUAAUAAAGAGAAAUUGAAAUUAAUGGCUUAAUUGACUCCAGCAGAAAGGAGAAAAGAAAUUGAAAAAUUAAGAUUAUCAAGAGCAAAAGAGAGAAUAACUUUGAGACAUUCGACUAAGAAUAAAUAUGUUUCUUAGCUUUUAAGAUUUGGAGGUGAUAAGAAAUCUCUAAAAUAAUAAUAAUCAUUUUUGAACAAUAUUAAACAUUAAUUAUUAGCUAAAGCAUAAUUAAAUGAAUUAGAAGAUGGGGAUUUUGAUGAAGAGAAUUUCAGAGAGUAAGCUAUAUCUUAAUUGGAGUAAGAAUUAUAAGAUAUAGAAAGGAGAGAGAAGGAGAAAUAAAAUAAUUUUGGGUUUUUGGAUAAAUAAAAGAAAAAAGAUUUAUAAGAAUCAAAAUCAAUAGCAUAAAAGCUAUUAACAAUGUUAAAAUCUGGAAAUGAGGAGGCAAUAUAAAUGGAGGAAUCAGAAAAUUAAGAAUAGAAUAGUGAUGAUAAUUAUGAACAAUAUAAAAAUGAUAAUAAAGAUAAAUCUAAAAUUAAUGUUGAAAAUAAUGAAUUUACUGGGAGAACAAAAUUUGUUAAUGAAACAAAAUAAUUGACUGAAACUUAGAAAAAGAAGAUUGAUGCUAAGACAUCUUUGUCUAAUUAUUUAAAUUUGGAAUCUGUGAAAUAGUUAUAAUUAAAUAAUUAAGAUAAAUAAUAAUUAAUAAUUUAAGAUGAAAAAAAGCAAUUGAUAGAAGGAUUAAAUAUAAAAAAUAUUAAAUAGAAAUAUGAAAAAUAAGUGAAUAAAAAAUUGACAAAUUAAGAAUUAAAGAAAUUGUAAUAAGAUCCAGAUGAAUUAUUAUAAUAAAAUUUAGCAAAUUUCAAUUUGGUUUUGGAUGAAGAUGAAGUAUGAAAUAGAAAUUGAUUAUUUUUAGAAUGAAAAUGCAUUUAUUGAUGAGAAAAUAAAAGAUAUGGAAGAAGAGAUACCUCCAGAACCUAUAAAUACAAAAGGAUGGGGAUGUUGGGCUGGAUUUGGUAUAAAAGAGAGAAAACCUUUAAGUUAAGAAUAGAUAUUAUAAAAUAAAAUAAAAAAAAUUAGAGAGAUUUAAAAGAAGAGAUAAGAUUCAAAAUUAGAUAAUGUAAUAAUUAGUGAGAAAAGAGAUUCAAAGGUAAUUCAUUCUAUUAAUAUAUUAAAGUUUGCAAAAUAUUUAGUUCCUAAAUUACCAAGUGAAUUUACAAAUUCUGAAUAAUUUGAUUAAUUACAUACAUUACCUUUGGGUCCAGAAUGGAAUAGUUUAACUAGUCAUUAAGUAUUAACUUAACCAUAAAUAAUUACUAAAGCAGGUGUAAUAAUAAAUCCUGUUAAGAUUCCUUAAUAAAUAAACAAACUUCUUUGA